AUGGGCUGCCUUUGUGCCAAAAACCACGCUGUUGGAACAAUUGAAGAAGAGAUCAAAUCACUAAAGCUAAAAAAUGCUGCAUAUGAAGCUACUCUUGCUCACAGCUCCACAGGAGUCCCAACAGCAAUUAAUCUAUCUGGAGGUUAUAGUGACAUGGUAGACGAAGAGCAAAUUCGUACACAAAAGACUUUGAAAAGCCUCCUUCACUAUAUCGGUAUUGAAGAUAUUUCACCUGAAGAAAUCGUUAAAAAGGUGCAAGAAUUCAGAGACUCCACUAAUAAAAGUUCCCAAUACUUAUGGGUCCGCUUAGAAGAAUCUGAGCUUGAGAAAAAAAUUUGUGAGCAGCUUAUCCAUGUAGUCAGUAUUCUAAAACAAAUUGACAGUAAAAAGGCCCAGCAUAUAAAAUCCAAAACUCAAAGCGUUGAAAAUUUAAUUCAAGAACAAUAUCCCUACCUAAUGCCUAUGAUAAACAUUGUCAAAGAAAAAGAAAUGGUGCAUAGCUCUAGCAGAGGAGGGACUAUUGAACAGAUUUUAAUGAGGCUUCAUAGUAGAUCUGAGCUUGAUAAAGAACUUGAAUUGGUUCAAACCAAGCUUGAAAAUGAGCAAUAUGCCCAACUCCUUAACGCAAAAGAUGAACAGCUGAAACAAAUCCAACAGAAAAUCAAGCAGCUGAGAAAUGAAAAAAAUGAUAUUGAAAGGUCAUGGGAACUUGUCAAAAUGAAUAUCAAAACUGAUCCUGAAGAGCUGAGAGCUGUUCAAUUGGAUCUUGAAGAUAAAGAAAAGGAAUUCAUUGAAAUAAAGAAAAAGCUUGAAGAAAUUGAGGCUCAAAAACAUGAGAUCGCUGCUUCUAAACAGUCUAUUCUUGAAAUUCAAAAUAAAAUUAAAGAUCAAGAGGACUUAAUAAAGCAAGAAAAUGAGUAUAUAAAGCAGCUGAAUAAGCACAAUGAAGAUUUGUCAGAAAAAAUAAAAGAAAUCCCAAACUUAGAAAAACAAAUUGCAAAACUAAUAGAAUCCAAUAAAGAAAAAGAAUCAGAAGCCAUAAGACUUGAAGAGCUGCAUGGUGACAACGCUAAAGCUAUCAGAGAAGCUGUUGAAAAAAUGAACGAAGAAAUCCAGCUUAAAGAAGCCCGCAUGGCAGAAAUAUCAGUCCAAACUGAAAAAGUCAACGAGGACAUAAAAUCCCUCCAAGCAAAAAGAAUCGCUGACAUCAAAAAACAAGUCGCAAUCAGAGUCUCCUACGCAUUAAAAAAAGUGCCUGAGCGCAGCAUGCAAAGGUGGAAGUGGAUGGUUUUUAAUCGCAAAAAUCGUUCGAAAAGAAGUCAAGGCUUCGCAGAAGAGUUAGAGAAUUAA